UCGAGUCAAAACAAACGAUCGUUUACUGACCGGGAAAAUCCGUUCGAAUCACAACCGACUUUCACGUCAACGAAUAAUCACGAACGAGCGAACGAAUAGCUCUUUGCUCUUACAUUGUUAAGUUUAGUGUUAAUUUUAUCAACGACUGCAAAUGUGAAUGCUGUGAUUCAGAGUAAAGAGUUACUAGAUUUUGUAACGGAAGAAAAGCUUUAAAUAGUUGUGUUCAUAUGUAUUAUUAAAUAAGUGCUAGCGGAAUGGAACAGGAAGCCUUCUUAACGCCAAGGAAGAUCUUCCAGAAUGCCUUUAACGCGGCCCGGAAAUCCACUGCGGGCGCAAAUUCGCCCUCGAUGAUGGUCUACACGCCAACAUCACUAACUCGGUCCGCCAGCACUAGCGGACGGUUUAAUCUAAUGCCGGUCAUUCACACACCUCCCUCGAGACUUGUUAAUGGAAAAGUGAUAAACCCAUUCGAGGCACACCUAGCGGAUCGGCUCCAUUUACCGGUCAUAUGCAGCCCGUCAUUAUUUCACCGUCCAAGUACUCCCCAGGCGGGAAGCGUGUCUCAGUUUGAGUGGACUAUCGAUGAAGUGUCCUACCUGGGACCGGCAAACGUAGAAGCCCACGAGACGCAGUUCAUGGAAACGCCCGACCCGGUGCUGGAAGCGAAAGCUCAAGCUGCGAUAAGUUCCUACUUCAAAGACAAUAAUAUUGUUCCUAGUCCAGUUGACUGCCAGCUACGUAAUCAGAAGAUUAAUUUCACGGGAGAAUCUCCCGCUCGCAGUAGCUUCAUCGGGCGAAAAGCCAAACGAAGGCGAGAUGGAAUCACCCAAACUGUAUUAUCUUUCCCACCGAAUUUACCCAAAGAAAUCGAAGAUCUUUUAGUUCCGUACUUUAAUUUCCAUGACAACCAGCAACAAACGCAUGAAACAAUCGAGGAAUCCGACGUUAGCAUCGACCAUGAAGCACGCGAUGCGUCCCUGCGGAGGAAACUUUUCAACUGUUCGUACGCAUCCACCGCAUCGGGAAGCGAUCGGAACGGUGAUUCCCUAGAUCAGAUUGAUUUGCGCUCGAUAAGUCCUGCCCCAAUCACGCCGGAAAUCGACAAAGAUGCAAGACAAAUUCUGAAACGAUCCCGCUGCUUUGGCUCGCAGGAAAUCACGAUCGAUCCGGCGGACAUUUCUCUUAGUCCGGUGCUGUCCAAGGAUAAGGAAUCAUUCGGAGCGCUAUCUCCGAUUUCCAAGAGUUCUGUGUCGCCCUCGCCACUGAAACCGCCCAUAAAUUCUACUGAGCUGGAAUCGGACCAUGAUGCGAUCUACAGGAGCACACCGGAGCGGCCGAAGGCGCUCUUGCAGAUGAACUGCAGUACCAGCAAUAGCCAUCACAUGUCAGUGGAGCUGAGUGAUAGUCAUCGGGGCGACAAAAAAGCGAACGAUCUAACUGUCGAAUUCACCGAAGGAGAUUUCUCCUACGACGACACCGAGAAUGCCUCGUCCGGUUCGUCCUCCAUCAUGUCCCAGUAUCCGACCACUCCUCUGCGUCAUUCAAACUCGAAGGAGAUUCGGAGAAAUCGGAAAAAUCUCUCCCGUUCAUUUCUGAUGUUCUCCGAUGAAGAUCGCCUCGAGGAGGAGCGGGAGGAGCAGGUUGCCAAGGAAAUUCACCGGAAAAGCUUCAGUGGCAUUAUUGCUGCUGCUGCUGCGAGCAAAGAGAACUCCUCCGAACUCCAAAACUCAACAACCACUCUAGCAAUUAAAUCAGCGGGGCCGGAAGCCGCCGCCAGUGGGAACUUUUUCCGCAUGGACAGCGGCUUCAACGAGGAGGAAACACGCGGAAGUUACGCGGAGACUGUCGACUAUGAGACUGAUAUUUCGAUGCAAUCCGAUUACUGUGAGAGUCUCGCGCCGAGACCGCAGGGCGGUGUGGAUGCUCCCACUAAGGAUAGUAACCGUGCAAAGGGUUGCUCUAUAAGACUGUGAAGUAAACUAAAAUUUGAGAUUUUUGAAUGUAGACGGUUCAGUUGUUUACUGGAUGAGCAAAAAUUAUGCGACACAAAAUUAAAUUUUAGGAAUGAACAUAUUUGAUCUACUAACGUAGUUAGAAUUUUUACCUCAAGUCCAAUUCAUAAACAUGUGUAUUUAAGAUAUUGCAAUUAUUCUAAGUGGAAUUGUAAUAAAUCAAUUUUUGAAAUUUUAA